AGACGAUCUCGUGGACAAUCACGUGUAGACAUAUCCCUGGUAAAUGAGAGGAUAGCCCCGGGGCUUGUUGUCAUGGUAACGGCGUUAUUGUCCGGUCGUCACAUGGAGCCGAGGAAGGCAGCAAAACAACAAUAAACACUAGACGCCACCGAUAUUACCAAAUAAUACGCACAAUCUAAUCUUGUUGUUUUUAUUCUGCUACCCAAAUAAUUUUAAACGAAAUAUCUGAUAACGAUCUGUAAUAAGAAUGGUUGAAAAACGGCUGAGAAAAUUGCUUGAGGAAGGACGUCCUUUUGUCGCCCUCCUUGUACACAUGAAACACCUGCAUUGUACAUUACUGGUGUCCCGCACUUGUGGAUGAGCAAUGUAGCAUGUAGGUUCACUUCAAGUGAGGUAUCGUGCUAUGUAAACAUCGCUGGAGGGCUGGAUUUUAGUGAAGGUUAGGUACAAUGUUAUUCGGGCCCGCCCACAUGCGGAUCACCGUUGCUAUGUGAUACAGAGAACGUUUCUACCAGCAACACAACACCAUUUCCCAUACCGACUGCAUCGGUGUCUGGAAGGAAUGAACGUGCUUUGUGAAGGGUUCGAGUUACAGCCGUUUAUUUGCUUGACGUUGUAAACACCAAGAAAACACACAACGUUACGAGUAGUAGGAUCUUCGGGAAACGCGUCCAUGGAACAGAGACGGGGUCGGCGGCGGAGAUCGACUUCUCCGGCCAAGCGGCGCGGGGCCAGUCGCGCCAGGUCGCCGCCCAGAGACGGCACACGGUCCGCCCCACCGGACUACGGGCACCCGGGCUCGUCCUCCGAGUCAGGCUCUUCAACGGCUCGAUCGAAGAGCCCUGACCGGCCAUGGAAGGGACCGGGGAUGGGACCUGGUAUGGUGCGAAUGUACCUGAAAGGUAGGCCCAUCGCCAUGAUCGCCCCCCAAGAAGCGGGUCAAGUGGACCUGUCCAGGGAGUCCAAGCCACCCAGAGAACAGCUACAGCUGGAGUGGGUUUAUGGCUACCGAGGGAGAGACUGCCGAGCCAACCUGUACCAGCUGGCCUCAGGGGAAGUGGUGUACUUCAUAGCGGCUAUUGUGGUCAUCUAUGACCCAAAGAGACACACACAGAGACACUAUCUCGGUCAUAAUGACGACAUCAAAUGCAUAUCCGUCCAUCCAGACAGAGUUUUAGUGGCCAGCGGACAAGUCGGAGGCCACGACAGAAGUGAAGAGCUUCCUUGCUAUGAGAGAUUUGAUCCUUACUAUAAGAAUGCUGAUGAAAAUAACUGGUACAAGCCUCACAUUCGCAUCUGGGACUCCAGAACACUACACACCUUACAAGUCAUCGGAGCCGGGAAGCUGAGACUGGGAGUCUGUGCUGUUUCAUUUUCUGUCGCUGAUGGCGGUGCAAAGUUAGCAGUGGUAGAUGAAUCCGGCAGUGGCCAUAUGCUGCGGAUGUGGGACUGGAAAAACAACACCAUGUUGGGGGAGGCAAAGGCAACAACAGAGCCUUUGCAUGUGGCUGCGUUCAACCCGGUAGACAGCAGGCAGCUGGUUACAGCUGGGAAAUUCCACCUGGCUUUUUGGCACCUGAGAAAAGAUGGCGUCUUCAACAAGAAGAACGGCAUAUUUGACGACCUGAAGGCCAAGUUUGUACAUUGUAUUGCAUUCACACAUACGGGUGACGUCGUCACAGGUGACUCAAAAGGCAACAUCCUUCUAUGGAAGAAAGAUACAAACCGUAUCAGCCAUGCUAUAAUGGGUGCUCACAAGGGCGGGGUGUUGGCGCUGCACACACUGAGAGGAGGCCUGGCACUGGUGUCAGGAGGGAGCGACAAGAGAGUGGUCUUAUGGGACGGUGCUCUGCAGGCACCGCUCAAAGUCAGCCAGAUUCCCGCGGGAUUGGGAGGUGUACGGUCCAUAUGUGCGUGGGAUCAUGGGAAACAUGCAGCUGAGAACGUGGUGUUCGUCGGGACGCUUGGGAACGGGAUCUGCAAAGGCGAGAUUGGGAGGGACUUUACAUCUGUCCUGGAGGGACAUAUGGAGGAGCUAUGGGGCCUUGCCACCCACCCGUUUGCGCCCAUGUUCGUGACGUGUGACUACUCCAAACAGGUGGUUCUCUGGAACGCCAUGAAGAGGGAGCCCAUGUGGAGAAAAUCCAUAAAGUAUGCAGCACAGUCUGCUGACAUCUACCCUACUGGAAGAAUCAUUGCAGUCGGAACUACUUCUGGAAGGUGGUGUGUGCUGGAUGCUAUGACCUCAGAUAUCAUCUAUGAGCGCAGAGACGGUGCUGAACAGUUGGACUGCCUCGUGUACUCCCCGAACGGGAGACUGUUGGCCGUCGGGUCCCACGACAACUUCAUCUACAUCUAUGCUGUGUAUGACGAUGGCAGAGAUUACAAGAAACUAGGCCGUCUGGAGGGGCACUCCAGUUUUGUCACACACCUGGACUGGUCGUCAGACAGCCGGUUCCUCCAGAGCACAUCCGGGGACUACGAGCUGCUGUACUGGGACGUCAUCACGCUACGUCACGUCGGCCACGUGUCCGCCAUGACUGACGUUACCUGGAACACGUACACAUGCGUCUUUGGUUAUAACGUGUUUGGGAUGUGGCCAGAGGGAGCGGAUGGAACUGACGUUAACGCAUGCGCAGCUUCAAAUGACCGUACCAUGCUAGCGUCAUCAGAUGACUUCGGCAAAGUCAACCUGUUCAAGUUCCCCUGCUGUACACAUAAGAGUGCUGGUCACAUCUACCCAGGACACAGCAGUCACGUGACGUGUGUGCGGUUCCUGUAUGACGACAGCUACCUGCUAUCAACAGGUGGUGCUGACUGUGCAGUCUUCCAGUGGAGAGUGGUGGGCAAGAAUGGGAGACCCAGACCUACCAAAACUGUCACAAAUGCUACAAGGAAGGAGACAAGUUUUGCAUCUCCCCGACCUGACCGUCCACUGAAGAACACAAAUAAACACAGGACAGCCAAACUGAGAGAUGCGGAAACACAGACCAGCCGGCCGACCACGCCCACUGCUGCUAAGCGACCAAUCAGGGAAGAGAGCAGAAAAGUUGUCAGCGAAUCAAAAGCCACCUUCUCUACCGGGUCUUUGCCAAUGAAGGACGAGAACAGGAAUGUUCUUUCAGAACUGCAAAAGACAGAAAAUACGGACUCUGAGGAACAGAAGUUGAUUCAGCAGCUAGUGGAUGACAUUUUUGCCUCAAGUUAAAAUAAUAGCUACAUCUAUAGCAAAUUUCAAAGCCAGAUAGUAUCUAUUUGCUUUGAUUUAUUCAACAAGAAGAACUCAUUCCUAAGUUCAAGGCAAAAAAUCACUUUUAUUAUGUUUUAUACUCUUCGAAAGUGCUGCACAAUAAACUUUACUUGAUCAGUAUAUUGAUUUAUUUCUUUG